AUGGCCGUUAUCAGAAUUUCAUUAAUUGGCGAGUUUCCCGAAGAUAAAUGCUCUACUAAUUUAACUGUGAUUAAUUUUGGAAUUACUUGCGAGUCUUCUGGUAUUCUAGAUCAUGCUAACGGAGUUUUUAUGAUUGGCAAUUUUAUGGCUGCCCCUUUUUCAACUUACUUGGCAGACCGUUAUGGAAGAAGACUAACAUUUUUAAUACCUCUCUGGAUAAUUAUUUUCCUAACUAUUGCUUGUGCAUUUUCCCCAACAUUUAUUUGGUUUUUAAUUUUUCGUUUUCUAUCGGGUGCUUGUGGAGCGGCUGUUAUGGUAGUUGGUUUUGUAAUAACAGUUGAGGCAGUUGCGGGUUCUUUUCGGUCAAUCCAGGCAUUAUUAAAUGCUUUAAUUUGGGUUUUUGGGAUUUUUUCUGUUGGAAUUCUUCAUCAUUAUUAUAUUAAAAAUUGGCGUUAUUUAUAUUUAUUUAUUGCGUUUCCUGGAUUAAUUUCUAUUGUUUACUAUAAAGUUUUUCCAGGUUGUAAACUCAGAAUUUAA